AUGGCAGCCUUACUCAGAAAAGCACUAAAGAAGAAAAUGUUUCAUCCAAAUGGAGAUCGUUUAUUUGCUGUGAUUGAAGUAAUGACAACUACACAGGAAGAUGAAAGGUAUUACCUUUGCAGUUCAGUAACAAAUUGUAAAGAGGUGCAAAUCACUUUUGUGAAAAACAUAGCUUCGAGUCAAGAUGAACAAUUUGAGAAAAUCAAUACAUGGUUUCUUGAAGAUCUUAAACUUGUGGAUGGAAAAGAAGCAGACCAAGAUAAUCCACACUUUGAUAUGCAUUUUGAUGAAGUUUACGGCUGGGAAACUUCCAGCACAGCCUCCAAAUAUACCUUUGUCCGAUGUUUGCAAGAGCUGAAUCACCACUACCUGGGAAAGAAGAUAUUAUUUGUUAAUUUUGACAUUGAUUAUUUAAUUGGCGCCAGUUCAAAUUUGAACAGAGGGGAUUUUACUGAAUCCAGAUUAAAACUACACUUGAAUAUGGAUUGA